AUGAAUCCAGCAUCCCGUCGAAAGUCCACAUCCACGGUUGGUGUAACUGGACGCAAAGAUGCUACCCGCAUGAAGAUUGAGCAGAUGGAAAAAGACCGGCAAGAGCGUCGAAAAACAAUGAUGCAGCGCAAAGAAGCACGAAAGAAAGAACAGAUUAAGAACAUUGAAGCUGGAAACCCUGGAGAUGUUGAUUUUAUUGGGCUUGUCGACCAGUGGAGACAUGACCAAGCAAAGAAAACGAGACAGACAGAGGAGAAAAAUCUUUUUUCUUCCACGGGAUCCAAUAUUUGCAUUGCAGUUCGCAAGCGCCCGACGAGUGAGAAAGAAAGGGGGAAAUUUGAUCACGAUUCCGUGUCAUGCUUUCAGAACAAGGUUUGGAUUCACUCAGCCAAGCUGAAAGUGGACGGAAUCACGAAAUACCUGACGCAUAACUCAUUUCAGCUCGACCAUGCCUUCGGAGAAGACUCUACGACGGAACAAAUAUACUUAGCAACAACUCUUCCGUUGGUGGACCAUGUUGUAAACAGCCAGGGUCGAGCUACCGUGUUCUGUUAUGGCCAAACUGGAUCAGGGAAAACGUACACUAUGAAUGGGAUUCAACAUAUCUUGGCAUACGACUUAUAUGGACAACUUGCGGGAAUAGAUGAGGAAUUUGAAAUUACGGUAGCUUUCUUUGAACUCUACGCCGGAAAUGUACUUGACCUAUUGCAUGGUCGACAUAGAUGCAAACUUCUAGAAGAUGGGAAGGGCGAGAUCAACAUUACUGGGCUCAGAGAAGUCUCUGCGGCAACACCAGAAACCUUUCUGGACUUGAUCGAAGAAGGUCAUCGCCAUCGAACAACUCAAAAAACAGAAGCGAAUGAUACUUCCUCACGGUCGCAUGCCAUUUGCCAAAUCUUCUUACGGGACUAUAAUGGAAAUUUGAAGGGAAAGCUUGGGCUGGUGGAUCUGGCUGGAAGUGAGCGAGGAUCCGACACGAAACAACACAACACUCAAAGGAGGUCUGAAUCUGCAGAUAUCAACACAUCCUUACUAGCCCUAAAGGAAUGCAUCAGAGCACUAGGACAAAAGUCAACGCAUGUUCCUUUCCGUGGCUCAAAAUUAACUUUGAUCUUGAAAGAUUGUUUCUCCCCAGAUUCGAAAACUACAAUGGUUGCAACUGUUUCGCCAGGAGCCUCAGCAGCAGAUCACUCUUUGAACACAUUGCGUUAUGCAGACAGAAUCAAGGAGCAAAGGAUUACAAUUUCCAAUAAAUUGGAGAAAGAGGGUACAGAAAGUGCUUCGAUUUCAAUUCCUUCCCAAGAACGGUUGUAUCGUAUUGCCGCAGCGGCGGGUCAAGACAGUAGUGUGAUCCAAACAAACUAUAGUGUGGAAAAAAUGCUAGAUGAAGGGUUUGAUGAGAUGGGAAAUGAAUUUGGAAACGUGUCAAGCGAGGAAGCUACACAGGAGAGCGACGAAAAUCUUACUCGUAAGGCUUCUGGACAGGAGGAAGAAGACGAGCUUCGGAGAACAGUGCAAGCCGUAUUUGAGCUUGAGGAGGCUCUAUUGAACCAGCACAUGAGCAAUAUACAGGCCAACGCGGAAAUGUUGACACAAGAAGGCAAACUCCUUCAAGCUGUCCAGGCUGCUGGUUUGUCCGAAGACGAUAUGGAUAGUUAUGCAAUUCAGCUUGCCGAGUUUCUCGACCAGAAAGAAGCAUUAAUUUACAAGUUGCAAUCGAAGCUCCUUGAUUUUCAAGACGAACUUGCAAAGGAACAAGACCUGGCGCAGCACGUUCGCCUGACGCAAUACUAA